AGCCAGAGGCCGCCUGGGGGGUUGUAGGGCGACGGCGCUGCCGCCAUUUUGUAGGGUGUUUGUCGCAGCGACUGGAGAGUGAAGACGGCGGUUUGGCGACAUUUCUCGGCCAUUUGCUUUUGCGGAGAUGCGGCAUUCCAAACGAACUCACUGUCCUGAUUGGGAUAGCAGAGAAAGCUGGGGACAUGAAAGCUACAGUGGAAGUCACAAACGGAAGAGAUCUCACAGUAGUACACAAGAGAACAGGCAUUGUAAACCACAUCACCAGUUUAAAGAUUCUGACUGAUGUUCCAUUGGGACUGUUUACCAGAUUGCUUUCUAAAUUAGCCAGCUGGGGUUACUUUAAAAAACAGAUCAUUUUAGCUGAUUUGUCUGACUGGGCAGGUGUCCCCUCUCUCCCUCAGUGCUCCAUGUGCAUCCCUCUUGAAGCUUCGCACUCUGUUGAAGAGGACACUCAUCCCAGUCAUUAUUUAGAAGCAAGGUCCUUGAAUGAGAGAGAUUAUCAUGACCGGAGAUACAUUGAUGAAUAUAGAAAUGACUACUGCGAUGGUUAUGUACCUAGACAUUAUCACAGAGACAUUGAAAACAAUUAUCGAAUCCACUGCAGUAAAUCUUCAGUCCGAAGCGGGAGAAGCAGUCCUAAAAGGAAGCAUAAUAGAUACUGUUCAAGUCAUCAGUCACGUUCGAAGAGCCACCGAAGGAAAAGAUCCAGGAGUAUAGAGGAUGAUGAGGAGGGUCACCUGAUCUGUCAAAGUGGAGACGUUCUAAGAGCAAGAUAUGAAAUCGUGGACACUUUGGGUGAAGGAGCCUUUGGCAAAGUUGUAGAGUGCAUUGAUCAUGCCAUGGAUGGCAUGCAUGUAGCAGUGAAAAUCGUAAAAAAUGUAGGCCGUUACCGUGAAGCAGCUCGUUCCGAAAUCCAAGUGUUAGAGCAUUUAAAUAGUACUGAUCCCACCAGUGUCUUCCGAUGUGUCCAGAUGCUAGAAUGGUUUGAUCAUCAUGGUCAUGUUUGUAUUGUGUUUGAACUGCUGGGACUUAGUACCUAUGAUUUCAUUAAAGAAAACAGCUUUCUGCCAUUUCAAAUCGACCACAUCAGGCAGAUGGCAUAUCAGAUCUGCCAAUCAAUAAAUUUUUUGCAUCAUAAUAAAUUAACCCAUACAGAUCUGAAGCCUGAAAACAUUUUAUUUGUGAAGUCUGACUAUGUAGUCAAAUAUAAUUCUAAAAUGAAACGUGAUGAACGCACGCUGAAAAGCACAGAUAUCAAAGUUGUUGACUUUGGAAGUGCAACAUAUGACGACGAACAUCACAGUACUUUGGUAUCUACACGGCACUAUAGAGCCCCAGAAGUCAUUUUGGCUUUAGGUUGGUCUCAGCCUUGUGAUGUUUGGAGCAUAGGUUGCAUUCUCAUUGAAUAUUACCUUGGUUUCACGGUCUUUCAGACUCAUGACAGUAAGGAACACCUGGCAAUGAUGGAGCGAAUAUUAGGACCCAUACCACUACAUAUGAUUCAGAAAACAAGAAAACGCAAGUAUUUUCAUCAUAAUCAGCUAGAUUGGGAUGAACAUAGUUCUGCUGGUAGAUAUGUUAGGAGACGCUGCAAACCAUUAAAGGAAUUUAUGCUGUGUCAUGAUGAAGAACAUGAGAAACUGUUUGACCUGGUUCGAAGAAUGUUAGAAUAUGAUCCAACUAAAAGAAUUACCUUGGAUGAAGCAUUGCAGCAUCCUUUCUUUGACUUAUUAAAAAAGAAAUGAAAUGGAAAUCAGUGGUCUUACUAUAAUAUACUUCUCUAGAAGAGAUUACUUAAGACUGUGUCAGUCAACUAAACAUUCUAAUAUUUUUGUAAACAUUAAAUUAUUUUGUACAGUUAAGUGUAAAUACUGUAUGUUUUGUAUGUAUAGCAUGGUCUUGAUAAUGAAAUAUAAAAGUUAAAAUUAAUUUUUCUUUUUGAGAUUAAUUGCAGUUUUUAAAGACCUUUGGAAUAUCUGUCCAGUGAUAAAUGUGAUUGAUCUUGUCUUUUGUACAUGGAGGUCAACUUUGAAGUGAUCUUUUUUUUUUUCUUUUGAGUAAAAGGAAAUCUUGACUACUUUAUAUUCUUAAAUGCAUAUUCUUUAUAUACCUCAAAAUUAGAGCUUUUCUUUAAAAGUUUUUUCUGUAAUUGUUGAACAGGUGGUAAUUAUCAUUAACUCUAGAUAGGGCAGGUAUUGGGAACAAAAAUCCAUAGAAAAUUUUCACCAUUAGGAUUUUAUUAAAUCAUAAGCACUGUGUUUUGUUUCAUUGGAUGAUGUCAGUGGGGAUAAGUAGACAUUAGUGACAUUCAUGGAAAGGUGUCCAGAUUGUCCACUCUGACAGAUUGUGUAAUAAAAGCACAUACACACUUCAUUUAAGAUUAAAGUCUUAACUGAAAAUUCAGCUUGGAAAAUACAUUUUCUAAGGGCUAUUUGGUGAGUCACAAAUACAAAAAGAGGAAUUCCAAUGGCUGAGAUUUUAGUUUUUAAUAUUAAGUUCUGAGGAGUCUUGAAAUUGUUCAAUAUCUAUUUAUCAUAUGAAGUAAACACUUAAACCUGUGAGGAUUAAGAUUAUUAUUAAGCAAUUUAUAUUUGUGUUACUCCUUACUGGAGAAAAGAAUUUGGGAAACACUUUAAGAAGAAAAUGUUGCAGAAAUUUCCAGAACAUAAUUGGCUAGUAAACAUAAAUUUUUUGGCU